AUGCAAAAGGGAGAAAAGGUAAAAUACAAAAUUAUUGAAGCAAGCUUACUUCUUCAAACCGCUUCUGAUGUAGCGACCAACAACAAUACAAUGGUCUCUUUCAUAAGGCUCCAAGGUCAACUGCUCCAAAGGCUUAAUUCUCUCUUCUCUCAACUUCUGCACUUCUCUAGCGAAAACAGUUUCAGCAUCAACGGUAGAGUCAAUACAGUUGGCCUUGAUGGAGAUGACAACAGUACCUUGGUCCUUCAAGAACAAGUGGGAGUUCAAGGCGAUAAUACGAGCCUGGUCAGGUUGGGCCACAUCAGCGAAAACGGCGUCGACCAUACCGAUCAACAUACGGUACUUUUGUGGGUGACGAGCGUCGUCAAUGAUUGGGAUGACAUUAGGUCUCUUCUUAGCCAUGCUGAUCAACUCUCUACCUGGUCUGUGAGAAAAUUCAACUGCGUAAACCAAACCUUCAGGGCCAACCACAUCAGAAACGUGGGAGACAGAAGUACCAGAGGCAGCACCCAAGUACAAAACCUUCUUUCCUGGAGCAAUGCCCAACUCAUCAAUACCACCCAUAAUACCAGCAGCCAACUUGGAUCUGAAAGGGUUCCACACACGGUACUCGAUCUUAGUUGGAGCGGCACCUUCCUCCUUAGCUGGUUCGUCAAUAGUCACACGCUUCUCACCGUAAACGGAUUCACCUGGAGCCAUGUUUCUGGUAACCAACAAAUCCUCCUUACCUCUAGCAAUAAAAACACCAGCAUGUCUGUGUGGUUCGAUGACAACCUUGGCUCCGCCUCUAGCACCACCUCUGGCGCCACCUCUACCACCUCUAGCACCACCACGGGCACCACCACGAGCACCACCUCUGGCACCACCUCUACCACCAAAACCGCCUCUGGCACCACCUCUGCCACCACGGGCACCGCCAAAACCGCCUCUAGCACCGCCUCUGCCGCCUCUGCCGCCGCCAAAUCCACCACGGGAGCCGCCUCUGCCGCCUCUUUGAUCACCGAAUGCCAUUUUUAG